AUGGAAAAUAGAGAGGCAAGCGAGUCUACACGCUUGCUGCGUCCCCAAGAUGGCCAUGAUUCAGCACCGCAACCCUCGCUUUCGAUCGUCCCGAGUGCACGCCGCACAAUCCUCGUCGUGGCUGCAAUACAAAUCGUUCUGAAUAUUGGAAGCUAUGUUAGUUUCGCAGCCCAACUGGCCAUAUUGCAGGAUAUUGUCUGUAAAAGUCACUACGAAGAAGGACAAUCUCUAUCCAUGGACGACGAUCGAUGCAAAGUAGAUGCUGUGCAGAGCGAAGUCGCGUUCAUUAACGGUUGGAAAGAUGUGUUUGAGAUGCUUCCAGCCAUUAUCCUGGCAGUUCCAUAUGGAGCUUUGGCAGAUCGCAUCGGGCGCAAAAGUGUCUUUCUUCUCGCCAUUGUAGGCAUAGGUAUGAAUGACCUGUGGAUGCGAAUGGUCUUUUGGUUCUCCAACUUUUUCCCCAUUCGAGCGGUUUGGUUCGGCGGCUUGUGGCAAAUCAUAGGAGCUGGCGCUGCAUCUCUGUCAUCUAUCUCGCAUGUCAUGGUUGCCGAUGUUUGCCCAAGCGAUCAAAGAACGACAGCCUUCUCGCAACUCCAAUCGGCCAUUAUGAUUGCUCAAUUUAUCUUUAUCCCCGUGGGAGGCACAUUGGUAUCCAUCAACCCUUGGAUUCCCAUGGUGAUCUCCUCCGUGGUGACUGCUCUGGGCUUCCUUGGAGCAUUGAUCUUUCUCCCAGAGACAAUGCCGUCGGCAGAACGAGACUCGAGCAGUACUAGUGUUACUGACAACCACCACGGCGAUCAAACAUCACCCACCGGCACCAAACAUGGCUUUCAAAUUCGGUGGACGAAUUUGGUAGCAGGCUCCGCCGCGAUGAUGAAAUGGAUCAAGCAAAACUCGCGACUUGUUGUCGUGCUUGUAUGCUUCUUCCCAUGGAGCAUCGGGCAGCAGGCAAGCGGGACUCUCCUUUUGCAAUACGCAUCAAAGCGCUUAAAUUGGUCUUUGGGCAAGGCUUCGUAUCUCGUGUCCCUUGGCGCGGGGAUUAACUUGAUUGUGCAUGCCGUCGGCAUUCCUGCUCUAUCUACUGUCUUGUUAUGGCGUCUCAAGCUGCACGAAAUCGCCAAAGACAAGGGCAUUGCCCAGAUCAGCGGCAUUUUCCUAGUUCUUGGGACAAGUAUCAUCUUCGCUGCCGGAUCUUGGACUAUUCUUGUCCUUGGCCAUGUAGUCACUUUAUACAACAAUCUCGGUGCUGCUAUAUGGUGGUAUGCUCACUGGUGGGCCAUUAUUCGCAGGGGCGUUUGGCUGGGGGCUCCGUCUAGGUGGGCUGUGGAUUGGGAUGCCAUAUUUGAUAUCCUGUGGCUGCUUUGCUUUAGCAUUACUGGCAGUUUCAACAGCGCCGGCGGCGGGUAA